GCCGCCCCAACGUUCAGCAUUUCCCUUUGGAUUCUUUUAGAAGAUUCAACAGUAGGACUCGUCUCUCUCCACUUUUCCUUUCAUGCCAGAAAGCGGAAUCUGCAAAGUGCUUUGUAAAGUUCUGUAAGGAGCAGCCGUCACAGCUAAAAUGAAUCCCAAGGAAGAAAAAGUAAAAAUAAUUACAGAGGAGUUCAUUGAAAAUGAUGAGGAUGCAGGUGUGGGAAGACAGAAGAAGACCCCAAAGGUUGCAAGACAAAAAAGGAAGAAACGGCUGCCCACCACUGGCCCUGAGGAAAUGGUGUCUGAAAAUCCCCACUUCAACCAGCAGGAGCUUGUGCAGGAAGAUUCUGACACUCGCCCCCUGAGCAUGACCAGCCGUCGAGGCCCACGGAGCUUACCUCCAAUUCCUUCAGCUUCCAGGACAAGCUUUGCAGAAUUUUCCAUGAGGGAACGCAUGAGGGAGAAAUUACAAGCUGCAAGGUCCAAAGCAGAAAGCACGUUGCUGCAGGAAAUUCCCAUCCCUCGGCCCAGGCACUUACAAAGUCCCAGAGAGAAAGAAUUGGAAACUGAAUUUGGCACGGAGGCAGAUGAGGAGGUACAAAGGACUCAACAAGAAGAUGAUUCCCAGAGUUACUCAAGAGUAAAAUUCUGUGAUUCUGUACAAAAAAUCAAGCCUAAACCCCCGGUUCCACCUGGCUUCCCUUCCGCCGAAGAAGCCUAUAACUUCUUCACUUUCAACUUUGAUCCUGAACCAGAGGAAUCAGAAGAAAAACCAAAAGCCAAAAACAGAGAUGGAACGAACCAAGAGGAGGAGGAAGGAGAGGAAGAAGAGCCUCCUGUGCGAGAACACAAAAUGAUUUUCCGAGCACGUGGAAGAGUGAAAAACAAAGAAAACCUGCUUGGGGAACAUGAAAGGCUAUCGAGUUUUAUGCUUUCGUUUAAAAAAAAGAUGAAAAGAGACCGUCUUGAUGAGGAAGAGCUGCUUAGUGCUAAGGAUGACGACGAUUUUCUAUUGGGCUUAGACCACGCAGCUGAGGAUUUUGUGGCAGUCAGACCUGCAGAUUAUGAAAGCGUCCAUGUUCGACUGCAGAUGGAAAGAGAACUCCUGUUCGUACCCAGUAGGCUGACAGUGCCUACGUAUAAAAAGCUUCCUGAGAAUGUGCAGCCCCGAUUUCUGGAAGACGAAGGCCUUUAUACUGGAGCAAGACCAGAGGUGCCUCGCGCCUGUCAGAACAUCAUGGAGAACAGGCUGCUGAUGCAGGAGCCCGGAAGAAAGUGGUUUGGAGAUGACGGGAAAAUCCUAGCACUGCCAAACCCCACCAAGGGGUUUCCUUCAAGACCGCCAAUGCUGACACAGGAGCAAGACAUUAAGGCAGAACUUGAAACAUUGUAUAAAAAGGCAGUAAAAUAUGUCCACAGAAGUCAGCACAUGAUUGGAUCUGGAGACCCCUCUGGAAAUUUCCAACUGGACAUUGAUAUUUCAGGGUUAAUCUUCACUCAUCAUCCCUGUUUUAGCCGAGAGCAUGUUUUGGCAGCCAAGCUGGCCCAAUUAUAUGACCAGUACCUUGCAAGACACCAGAGAAACAAGGCAAAAUUCCUUACUGAUAAGCUCCAAGCUCUAAGAAAUGCAGUUCAGACAGGACUUAAUCCAGCAAAACCUCAUAAAUCUCUUGAUACAACCCAAAAAGGCAUCAAUGAGUAUAAAUCUGAAAUUCGGCAAACAAGAAAACUGCGCGAUGCUGAACAAGAAAAAGAUCGAACAUUGCUUAAAACGAUCAUAAAAGUUUGGAAGGAGAUGAAAUCCCUUCGAGAAUUUCAGAGGUUUACAAAUACACCCCUGAAACUUGUUUUGAGAAAGGAAAAAGUUGACCAGAAAACAGACGAAGAAGCAUAUGAGGCAGAAAUUCAAGCUGAGAUAAGUGAAUUGUUGGAAGAGCACAUGGAAGAGUAUGAACAGAAGAUGGAAGGGUAUAGAGCCGCAUACCAGCAAUGGAAAGCCUGGAAGAAAGCCCAGAGGGCCAAGAAGAAGAAAAAGAAGCAAGCUGUCGAAGAACAUCCCAAUGAGGAGAUGGAGGAGCCGUAUCCCAAGGAAGAGCCUGUGAAACCAGUCCCCCCAGAGCCCACCGAUCGGGUGCUGGUAGAGCAACAAGUGAGGGAGAGGGCAGCCCGGAGCAGGAGAAGUCCUGGGGAGCCCACGCUGGUGCCGGAGCUGAGCCUGGCAGGGAGCGUCACUCCCAACGAGCAGUGUCCCAGGGCGGAGGUCUUGCGAAGGGAGGAUGUCAAGAGGCGCUCCAUAUAUCUAAAGGUGAUCUUCAACCAAAAGGAAGUGUCCAGGACCGACAGUCGUCCACUCGGGGCAGACUUCCGAGUUCAUUUUGGACAGAUUUUCAAUUUGCAGAUAUUCAACUGGCCAGAGAGUUUAACAUUGCAGGUAUAUGAAACAAUUGGACACAGUGGUACCACUUUGCUAGCAGAAGUGUUUCUGCCUAUUCCUGAAACUACCGUUGUCACUGGAAGGGCUCCCAUUGAAGAAGUGGAGUUUAGCAGUAACCAGCAUGUGACACUGGACCACGAGGGAGUUGGAAGUGGAGUGCCCUUCUCAUUUGAAGCGGACGGUAGUAAUCAACUGAUUCUAAUGACCUCGGGGAAGGUGUCCAACGGUGUGGCCUGGGCCAUUGGAGAAAAUGGGAUCCCUUUAAUUCCCCCACUGUCACAGCAGAACAUCGGAUUUAGAAGUGCUUUGAAGAGGGCAGAUGCCAUCUCAUCUAUUGGCACAUCUGGACUGACAGACUUGAAAAAGUUGGCCAAGUGGGCGGCAGAGUCCAAGCUCGACCCGAACGACCCCAACAAUGCCCCUUUGAUGCAGCUAAUCUCGGUUGCUACCAGCGGUGAAUCCUAUGUCCCUGAUUUCUUUCGCCUGGAACAGCUGCAGCAAGAAUUUAACUUUGUUUCAGAUGAGGAAUUGAAUAGAUCCAAACGAUUCAGGCUUCUUUGUCUUAGAAGCCAAGAGGUGCCAGAAUUCCGAAAUUAUAAGCAAAUUCCAGCAUAUGACCGAGAAAUUAUGGAAAAAGUAUUCCAGGACUAUGAGAAACGUUUACGAGACAGAAAUGUAAUUGAAACCAAGGACCACAUAGAUACCCAUAGGGCCAUAGUCGCCAAGUACCUCCAACAGGUUAGAGAAUCAGUGAUAAAUCGUUUCCUGAUUGCAAAACACCAUUUUCUUCUUUCGGACUUGAUCAUAGAAGAAGAAGUUCCCAAUAUCAGCUUUCUGGGGCUAAGCCUUUUCAAGCUGGCAGAACAAAAGCGACCACUGAGGCCAAGGAGAAAAGGUCGGAAGAAGGUGACAGCCCAAAACCUGUCCGAUGGAGACAUAAAGGUGCUGGUGAACAUCAUCCGGGCUUAUGACAUUCCCGUGAGGAAGCCCACAGCAAGCAAAUUCCAGCAGCCAUCAAGACCGUCACGGACUUUCAGUGAGAAGCAUGCUGCCUCCCCGACCACACACAGCCCCACCCACAGCGCGGACUACCCCCUCGGCCAGGUUUUAGUACGUCCUUUUGUAGAAGUUUCUUUUCAACGAACGAUUUGCCACACAACUACAGCUGAAGGACCGAACCCCAGCUGGAAUGAAGAACUGGAACUUCCUUUUAGGGCCCCCAAUGGGGAUUACAGCACCACCGGUUUGCAGUCAGUGAGAGAUGAUGUGUUCAUUAACAUUUUUGAUGAAGUGCUGAACGACGUCCUAGAGGAUGACCGUCAAAGAGGAAGGGGAAUCCACACCCAUAUUGAGAGACACUGGUUGGGAAGCGUGAAAAUCCCAUUUAGCACCAUUUACUUCCAAGCCAAGAUUGACGGGACGUUUAAAAUAGACAUUCCCCCUGUUCUUCUGGGCUACAGUAAGGAGCGAAGCCUGAUUAUCGAACGGAGUUUUGACUCGGUGCGAAGCUUGAGUGAAGGCUCCUACAUCACCCUGUUCAUUACCAUCGAGCCUCAGCUGGUUCCCGGGGAGUCUGUUCGAGAAAAGUUUGAUUCUCAGGAAGAUGAGAAAUUGCUUCAAGCAACAGAGAAGUUUCAAACUGAAUGUGCCUUAAAGUUUCCACACCGCCAGUGCCUCACAACAGUGACUGACAUCAGUGGAAAAACCAUUUUUGUCACCCGUUACCUCAAGCCUUUAAACCCUCCACAGGAGCUCCUGGAUGCCUGCCCCAACAGCCCCCAGGCAACAGUGGAACUGGUGGCUCGAUAUGUGUCAUUGAUUCCUUUCUUGCCUGACACUGUUUCAUUUGCUGGCAUCUGUGACAUGUGGAGCACGUCUGAUCAAUUUCUGGAUCUCCUGGCAGGAGACGAAGAAGAGCAUGCAGUAUUACUAUGUAAUUAUUUUCUCUUUCUGGGGAAGAAGGCCUGGCUCAUGAUGGGCAGUGCUAUUCCUGAGGGUCCAACUGCCUAUGUGCUAACUCGGGAGCAAAGUCACUAUUUAAUAUGGAAUCCCUGCAGUGGACAUUUUUAUGGACAAUUUGAUACAUUCUGUCCCUUAAAAAGUGUGGGCUGUUUAAUAGGUCCCGAUAAUAUUUGGUUUAAUAUUCAACGAUAUGACUCCCCACUACGGAUAAAUUUUGAUGUCACCAAGCCCAAGCUAUGGAAAUCUUUCUUUUCAAGAAGCCUUCCAUAUCCUGGCCUUUCUAGUGUUCAGCCAGAAGAACUGAUUUACCAGCGGACAGACAAAGCGGCCGCAGCUGAGCUACAAGACAGGAUUGAAAAAAUACUAAAAGAAAAAAUCAUGGACUGGAGGCCACGCCAUCUGACGAGAUGGAACAGGUACUGUACCUCCGCUCUACGGCACUUCUUGCCUGUGUUAGAAAGAAAUCGAGGAGAAGACGUAGAAGAUGACCACAGAGCGGAGCUGCUCAAACAGCUGGGAGACUACCGAUUCUCUGGAUUUCCCCUUCACAUGCCCUAUUCUGAACUGAAACCUUUAAUUGAAGCAGUUUAUAGCACCGGAGUACAUAAUAUUGAUGUUCCCAAUGUUGAAUUCGCUUUAGCUGUAUAUAUCCACCCAUACCCCAAAAAUGUUUUGUCUGUUUGGAUUUAUGUUGCCUCCCUUAUACGCAACAGGUAAUUUUUUCAUUGUAUACUUUUUGUAUCAUGUAAUAAAUGUAAUUAAGGUAUGAGAAUAUUUUUGUGAUAUUGAUAUUAGAAGAAAUUAUUUGUAAAUAAUGAAAUAAAAUUAUCAUUAUUUUCAAAAUAAGUGUUACUUAUUAGUCUGCCUUACCUCUUGCCACUCUGACCCCACAUUUAGUCAAGGCUACCCAGAGUUCCUCUUCACACUAAGAGCUCCCUAUCUCUAUGCCUUUGUACUUACCUUCUGCUUAGAAUGCCCUCCUUCUUUGUCUGUCCACCAGAAUACCCAUCAUACUUUUAAGAACCAGCAAAAUAACACAACUUCUCUGGGGGCAGGAACAACUUUGCGAUUAACA